AUGGACGAGCAGUGCAGGGAGGGUGAUAUGACCGCUGAUCCAUCGGACUGCACCAGUUACGCAUUCUGCGAAAGUGGACAGUGGCGAACUGCUCGUUGCAGGCAUGGCCUGUUUUGGAACCAGCAUCUUCGUCAGUGCGAUACGACCGGUGACUGUGAGGCGUUCAAGCGGGCGGACUGCAUCCAUGGACAGCGUUUGGUAGGUGCAACAUGUGGCGAGUAUUUGGAAUGCAUCCAUGGAUCCUGGAUAACAAUGCAAUGCCUGUCAGGCUAUGGCUUCGGUAAUCCUCAUUGCAACGAUUUGCCCUCAUGA